GGCAGUGUCGUUAACCUCCAAAACUCGACGCGGGUGACGACAGCACCAUGCAUCGCGUGAGUGACCAGUUGGAGGACCGAUACCCAUACAAAAGCGGAUUUCGUGAAGAACACGAUGCCACCGAAGUGUCCCGAGCGUACGGGAGCCACGAUAUCGGGCGGUACUGCCAGCUUCUGUCGCUCAAGGAAGAUUUAGCCGACGAAGCCCGCAUCAAGGCGCUGAGUGGGCUGGCCGACCUGCUGGCGAACCAGGAGAACAAGGCCAAGGCGGUCGCAGCAGGCGUCAUUCCGUCCAUGAGUCGACUCAUGACAGUGUCGAAUCCGGACAUUCGACUUGGCUCGGCUGCGGUACUUGCAGCCAUCGCAUGGGAUGCCGACGGCGUUGUGGCCAUGGACAAGGACCCGACGCUCCUCUUUAACCUGAACUCGCUGCUCUUUGACGCCCAGCCAACUUGUGUGGAAAUGGCCUCCAAAGCGUUUGUGAAUUUAACCACAUGUCGCGACAGUAUUCCCAUCGUGCUCAGCCGGAGCUACAUCCCCGAAAAGCUGGUGGCCAUGGCCUCGUGUGGAGAUGACACACUGACGACUGCUACUGUGCUCAACCUGUACCAAACGUUUGGCCAGCUCACCAAGUCUCACGCGGGCGCCCAAGCCCUCGCCCAAGUCAAGGUCGUGCCCGCCCUCGUCCGCGUGUUGCAAAAACCACUUUCGUUCCCCAGCAAGUUGCUGCGACACGUCGUGCUCGCCGUGUGGAACUUGGCCACGCAUAACGCAGGCAAACUCGAAGCGAUCAAAGCCAACGUGGUGGAACUCACAAUUAAAGUGCUUUCGGGGGCCCAGAAGGGCGUGUUUCAUUCCCUCGACAGUCAAUCCAAGCUGGAUCUUAUCCGCAUUGCGUCUGGCGCGCUCAUGGCGCUGUCGACGGCGGAACUGGCCAAACCCAAACUUCUCGCGACAGGCAUCGACGUGCUCGUCGGGUGUUUGCUUGUCAACGAGUCGAAACAAAAUGCGAUUCAGGCUUUGAAUUACAUGUGCGAGGACCGGUCGGGGCUGCUGCCGGUCGUGGCUUUGCUUCUGGACCACCCCACCCAACUCCUCGUCCAAGUGUUUAGCAUUCGAGCGACGCCGGCGCUGAAUACGCUGCUGGAGCAGCAGCUCAAGUCGCCCCAAUUGAUUCUGCAAGCCAUCUUGGCCAUGGUAGCGCAAGACGGCGGCGUGGAUGAAGUCACCCAGUGCCUCAACAUGCUCGACAACGUCACCAAGUUGUGCCAAAUCAACGCGGACGCGCCUCAAGUGCCCGCGCUCGCCACGCAAAUUAUCAAAGCCAUUGCCGAGCAUGACGACAAGGCCCGUGCCAGGGUCGAGCGGGCGCUGGAACGGCACAAAAUCGCCCCCGCCUUUGUCCACGCCGUGCUGUAACCAGGAUAUUCCAAGGAUAUCAUUCACGAUUUCUCGGACGAAUAAUGAUACAAUUGUUUCAUUGA